AUGGACGUUGACAAUGGCGGGGGCAGCAGCAAGGCGAAGGGAAAGCUGAAAGUUGUCCAGAUGGCGCUCUUUGUUGUGGAUCUGGAUAAUGGCGCAGCUAGCAGGGCAGUGAAGGGGGCGGGGAAGGCUACCUCGACUGUGGUUGUCCUCGAGCCGAUGGACGUCGACAAUGGCGAGGGCCGCAGCGAGGGAACCGAAGGCGGUCUAGUCUAA